GUCAUCCUCACUUUCUCAGCCUCGCUCUGGCACCGUGCUACUUUUAAAAACACCCGCUGACGCACAGAUGUAUCAGGAGGGGCAUUUAACUUUCAUCAUUAGUCACUUCUAACAAAGGCAUCGGGAGUGUAACUACAAGAAGUCUGCAGCUGGAGAUCUUUUCCCCUCUCUGCGGUAUCUGUUCACAGCAAUAAAAAGCGACUAUGGUGGAGAUUUUCUAAAGUUAGAUCAAGCUGAUUAUCUGCAACUAAGGAUUAAUAUACCACUGUUUAGAUCUCACAGUUUCCUCUGAUAACAUGGGCGGAGGGUGCAUAUGUUAUUCAUGGACUUGCAGACCAGUGUGGCCAGUUUUUAUUAUUCUGGCUACAAUACCUUGUAUGUUGUACUGCUCGGAGAGUCCUGCGGCAGUUGUUGGCAAAAUGUAUCCACGCGGCAACCACUGGGCUGUAGGUCAUUUGAUGGGGAAGAAGAGCAUCGAGAGCCUGCCUGAACUGCAGGAGCCCAACAGUGACUACCACACACCCUCAGAAACAUCUGGAGUCACAGAGCUCGACCGAUAUGAGCGUCUGAUGGAGGCUCUGAUGCAACAAAAGAACCAAAAAAAGAUGAUGCCACAAACUGCUGACAGGCUGCUUCGGCUGCGCAGCGGCUGGAGAGGAGAGGACCGAGACAAAUAUCUCAGAGAGAUGUCAGAUCUGCUUCUUCUGGCUUUGAAACUGCAAGACAAUGAUUCCACCUGAACGCAAGACGAAUUCUGUCGUCAUUAUCUUCUAAACCCUGUAAUCACAUAUCCACACUGUAAAUUUUUUCUGCUGUAAGAACACACUGGAAACCCAAUAGAAGUUUAUUUUAUCAGUAAUUUCUAAUUUGCAUAUUAUGCAGCAGUUUGAUUGCAGACUGACAUGACGAGGUUAUGUUAUAAAAGCUGAGAAUGCUCAAUAAAUCUA